AUGGAAGAAUCUCAGAAUGAGAUCCUUCAACUCCUGCAGGAAAAUUGGCAACCAACACUGGCACAAUGCGAGGAAAUUCUCCUCCCUCAGGAUCCACCACAGGCUGACGAGAGAGCUGUUCUGAAGCAUUUUACCUGGCCUGAGAAGAAAGCUGAUGCACUGAGAGAAGCUGCUGUAGAGUACCGGGAAAUUAAGCAGUUAUAUGCCGAUGUUUCUUCCUUUAUCGACGAUGCUUCUCUGCCCUGUGAGAUCAUCUUGAGAAAAAUAGCGAACUUAGUGGAAAGGUCUGAACGGAAUGUUCAGAGGCUGAUCAAGUUAAGAGGCUCUGCCAUGGUCGCUUACCAAGACUGCAAAAUUCCAAUAGACUGGAUGCUUGAUUCAGGAAUUAUUAGCAUGAUAAAGCAGGCUUCUGUGAGGCUAGCCAAAAUUUACUUAAAGAGAGUGUUGACAGAGCUGGAGUUCACCUUGCAAAUAGAGAGGAGGUCGGCUCAGGAGUCUCUCCUUUCUCAGGGUGUGCGAUUUGCUUAUCGGGUUUACCAGGCAAGUUCUUAAUCUCAAUCUCACAAAACCUAUUAAGAAAAGUUUAUUUCUUUUUCAAUCUAUUUUAUUUUCUUCAUACUUUUAUCUUUAACACUCUAAUUCAAUCAAGAAAACUUUAUUUC